AUGCCGGAGCGUCCAGAGGAGCAGCAACUGACGUCCCCAAAGGAGGACGGAGCUGCUGAGUCUGGCACCAACUACAUCCAUACUGAACUCGGUGAGAUGAAUGAGAUUGAGUCGCGCUGCCCUCGCUGCGGUGAGAACGGCACAACGCGUCUCAUGAUCGCAAAUAUUCCGCACUUCAAGGAGAUCAUUGUGAGCAGUUUUGAGUGCCCCCACUGUGGCGAGCGCAACAACGAGGUGACGUUUGGCGGUACAUUUGGCCCCAAGGCAGUACGCUACGAACUUGAAGUAAAAUCCAAAAAAGACCUGGACCGCCAGGUGGUGAAGUCGGAGUACGCGACCGUGCGUAUCCCGGAGCUGGAACUGGAGAUUCCUACAGAGUCGAAGAAGGGUAUGCUCAACACGGUGGAGGGAUUUUUGGAACAGACAGAGUCCGGAUUGCAGAUACAGCAGCCUCUGCGGCGCAUCCAAGAGCCGGAGCUCUACGAGAAACUCGAGGUGUUCUGUGAGAAGCUUCGGCAGUAUCGCAAAGGCGAUAUACCCUUUACCUUCAUCAUUGAUGACCCUGCUGGUAGCAGCUACAUCGAGGCGUACUAUGACUACUACCACCCUACCAUCGAUCCACAGCUUACGCGCUACGAGAAGGAACGUACGGACAUCGACCGCCAGCUGCUGGGGCUCGCCAUUGAUUACAAUACACAACGAACAGAUGAAGAGCAGCGGGAAGUGGAGGAGGGCCAAUUUGAUGACGUUAUGCGCAUGGAGACUGAUUGCCCUGCGUGCAAAAAACAGGGAUUCAUUAACAUGCAGCAGGUGAAUAUCCCCUACUUUAAGGAGACCGUCAUUAUGGCGUUUCGCUGCGACUACUGUGGAUAUAAGAGCAACGAGGUGAAGUCCGGCGGAAAGGUCUCGGAAAAAGGUCUCAAGAUUACUCUGUGUGUUGAGUCGGAGGAUGAUUUGAAGCGUGAUGUACUCAAGUCUGACACUGCAACGCUUCAAAUCCCAGAGGUGGAACUAGAGUUGGCGCCCGGCACACUUGGAGGUUUCUUCUCUACCGUUGAGGGCACCAUUGUGAUGGUACGCGACCAGCUGCGCAGCUUGCCACAGGCGGAGUUCGCCAAGGGUGACUCGGCCGCUACAGAUGCAAACAGCAAGACGCUAGUGGAGUUCGCAAAGGAGCUUGACGAACUUCUUGAGAUGAAGAAGCCAUUCACGUUCAUCCUUGAUGACCCACUGGCGAACGUUUACGUGCAGAACCCGCGUGAGCAUCUGCCUCCGCCGGACAACGAAGACCCGAGGCUGAAAAAGGUUGAUUACGGGCGUACCUUUGAGCAGGACGAGGAGCUCGGCUUUCACCAGAUGGCCGUGGAUGAUACGUCAUAA